AUGGAUCAUUGGCUGUGGAUCAUUCUGGCUGCUCUUUUCUUUGGUAAGAAAACUCAACAUGUUUCCUCUCAACACUCUUUCUACACAGUUACACAUGAACGGAUCUUUAUUUGGCUUCUGCAAAUUUACACUGAAACCUACUGAUGGUUCUCCUACAGUCUCCUGAGUUUAUUGAUCAUCUCUUCUUCUGCUUGUUUCUUCUUCCUCAGGGUGUAAAGGAGAAGAGUCAGUGACCCAGACAGAUGGAGACAUCUUUGCUUCUGAAGGACACACAGUUACACUCAACUGUACAUUUGAGAAAAGUAGUAUAGCUCCAACAUUGUUCUGGUAUCGACAGGAUCUUCAGGAUUUCCCAAAGUACAUGCUGAGAUGUUUCUCAGGAACAACAGAAUUUGCUUCUGAGUCUGACAAAGACAGAUUCAAUGCAACAAUAAAGGGGAAAUCAGUAAAUCUGGAGAUCCAGAACCUUCAUCUGUCUGACUCUGCUGUGUACUACUGUGCUCUGAGGCCCACAGUGACAGGAAACACCAAAACUCUCUACAAAAAACCAUUGAAAACAAAGACCUCCAGGAUAUCCACCAGAGGGAGACUCUCACUCUCAGACAACAAAGAUACAGUCACAAAGGAAAUCCUCUUUCUGACAUUAAGCUUCUGA